AGGCCCUGCCUCUUUGCCAGGCACCAGCCAAUAGGAACGCAGAUCCUCGGUGGGUUGGACGGUGUGUCUAUUCAGGGGCCCAAUGGGAGCUGCGAAUCCUUGAGCGCUUUCCCCUCGCGCCGCGGAGUGGGCGGGGCCUCCUUCGGGGACUCGCCACCUCCGGGCCGGGCUGGCCGGCUGGUCGCCGCGGGGAAUCCAUGUGGCGGGGGCUCUGGACCCUGGCAGCCCGGGCGGCGCGUGGGCCUUGCAGACCGUGCGUGCGCCAGAGCAGCGGUGCCGGGGCUCCCGGGUCCGGGGCCACCAUUUUCGCUCUGAGCUCCGGCCAAGGCCGCUGUGGCAUCGCGGUGAUCCGGACCAGCGGUCCUGCCAGCGGGCACGCCCUCCGGAGCUUGACUGCGCCCCGGGAGCUGCCGCGCGCCCGCAGCGCCAGCCUGCGCCUGCUCACCGACCCGCGCUCCGGGGAGCCGCUGGACCGCGCCUUGGUGCUCUGGUUCCCAGGUCCCCACAGUUUCACGGGUGAGGACUGUGCGGAGUUCCACGUGCAUGGAGGCCCGGCCGUGGUGAGUGGCGUCCUGCAGGCCCUGGGCAGGGUGCCAGGGCUGCGGCCUGCGGAGGCGGGCGAGUUCACCAGGCGGGCCUUCGCCCACGGGAAGCUGAGCCUGACUGAGGUGGAGGGGCUGGCGGACCUGAUCCACGCAGAAACCGAGGCACAGCGGCGGCAGGCCCUGAGGCAGCUGGACGGGGAGCUGGGCCAGCUCUGCCGUGGCUGGGCAGAGACGCUCACGAAGGCUCUGGCCCACGUGGAGGCCUAUAUCGACUUUGGGGAGGAUGACAACCUGGAGGAGGGCGUCCUGGAGCAAGCCGACAGCCAAGUGCGAGAGCUGGCAGUGGCCCUGGACACACACCUUCGAGAUGCCAGGCGCGGGCAGAGGCUGCGCUCCGGGGCGCACGUGGUGGUCACGGGACCCCCCAACGCGGGCAAGAGCAGCCUAGUAAACCUGCUCAGCCGGAAGCCGGUGUCCAUCGUGUCGCCGGAGCCGGGCACCACCCGGGACGUGCUGGAGACCCCCGUGGACCUGGCCGGGUUCCCAGCGCUCCUGAGCGACACGGCAGGGCUGCGGGAGGGCCAGGGGCCGGUGGAGCAGGAGGGUGUGCGGCGCGCCCGAGAGAGGCUGGAGCAGGCGGACCUCAUCCUGGCUGUGCUGGACGCCUCCGACCUGGCCUCUCCAUCCAGCUGCGACUUCCUGGACACGGUUGUCACCCCCGCCAUAGCCCGGAGCCCCAACGGGAACGGCCAGCGCCUCCUGCUGGUGCUGAACAAGUCGGACCUAUUGCCCCCCGGGGGUCCGGACCUCAGCCCUGAACUGCCCCCGCACCUGCUGCUGUCCUGCCUGACCGGGGCGGGGCUGGAUGGCCUCCUGGAGGCGCUGAGGAAGGAGCUGGCUGCAGUGUGUGGGAACCCGUCCACUGGCCCACCACUUCUGACGCGGGCCAGGCACCAGCACCACCUCCAGGCUUGCCUGGACGCCCUCGGAAGCUACAGGCACGCCCCCGAUGUGGCCCUGGCGGCCGAGGCGCUGCGCGUCGCCCGCGGACACCUGGCCCGCCUGCACGGAGGAGGGGGCACCGAGGAGGUCCUGGACAUCAUCUUCCGGGACUUCUGCGUGGGCAAAUGAGGGGCCGCUGCGGCUCGGGCCAGGCUGGGGGGACACCGGGAGCCUCGCGACGUCUGGGAACGGCUGAGGCCAGCGGCCGGCAAACUCGUUAGUCAACAGAGCCAAAUGCCAACAGUGUUUGGUUCUGUUGACUCAUUGAGAAAUUUCCGAUUGGAAUUUCUUGGGAGAGCCAAAUUUUUUAAACUUAAACUUCUUCUAACGCCACUUCUUCAAAAUAGACUCGCCCAAGCUGUGGUAUUUUGUGGAAGAGCCACACUCCAGGGGCCAAAGAGCCGCCUGUGGCUCUCGAGCCGCAGUUUGCCGACCAUGGGCUUAGGCCAAGCCAGGUUUUCACUUCCUUGGGGAAGAACUUGACCCAGAACAUGAGUGAGCUCCCUGUGGCUGGUGGUGACCACGCUCUCGCUGGUCAGAUUCCCCCACGGGGACUUGCUGGGGUUCAGGCCCUCGAGUGGGGCUGAGUAGAGGUCCCACUGGGCACCUAGCCUGUGGGAGCAGCAGUGAGGGUUGGGAGGGAGUUAGAGUCUCAGGGGUCUUUUUUUCAUAGUGUUAAUGUACUUUGUAACAAACCAAAGGAAAAAAUCUCAGGUGAUCCGGAAACGUGGAAAACUCACCACCACCGCUGCCGCUGGUGUCACAGCAUAACCUGUGUCCUUCUAGAACUUUCUUUGAGUGUUUGUAUACUUGUGAAUGCACCUGUAAAACAUAUUUUAUCUUGUAUAUUCUACAUAAACACUGUGUGUUUAUUGCUCUGCAGGUUGUCAUUCCUUUUUCAAUAUUCAUCUUGAGACUUUGUCUCUUAAAAGUGACUUGCAAAA